CAAGAAGAAGAAGAAGAAGAAGAAGAAAAAGUGUUAUUUGGAACAACUGACCUCACUAUGGACGGUGGCGCCGUUUACGUCCGAGAGAGAGGCAACCUGCGUCGCGUCAGCGACAUCGUGCUGGCGCAGCCGAAGCCGGUGUCGUCGUGCAGAAGGACGAAUCCGUUUGUGCUCCGGAAGGAGCACUUCAUAUUCACCUACAACGCGGAGGGCAGCCUGAGGUACACCACCAAGUCUCUCUUCGACAUCGCACUGCUGUUCGUGGCCGACAACAUCCACCACGUGGAUUCUCUGGUGGACUUCCCCGAGCAGAUCGGAGACCGGCUGUUCGCAGCAGCGGAGGAGAACCGGGUGUUUUUAAACGCGGACAUUUCUCCCAAAGCCCUGCGGCUGUUCGGCGACGCGUAUGGGGAGAUGGUGCUCGGAUCACUCUGUCUGAGAAAUAGAUUUCCCCUCCUGCACGAGAGAAUGGAUGAAAUCAAAACCUUUCAUAGCUUGAAGUCUUUAGACCUGUUUGGCUGCAGACUAGGGGACAAUCACGAGAUAUUCCAGCAUCUCACAUCCAGCUCCUUGGCAAGCAACCUGGUCCAGCUUUUCAUUGGUGGUAACGGUCUGUCAGAUGUCGGCCUUCAGCGAUUGACUGCACCGAUCCGGAUGCUGAGGAAGGGACUGGACUCACUUCAGUUACUGGAUGUUUCCUAUAACCCUAUUACAGUGAGAGCUUUAAGAUACCUCACAUGCUUCCCUAAACUUGAAAACCUUGAUGCAUCUGGGACCAGUUUAAAGCUUGGGAGUGGACUUAAGACGACCAUAUGGGACCUGCUGGGGCUCAUUUAUUCCGAGAAACCACUGGACACGUUUGAUCAUUCGAGAUGUAAAACAGAAGGUUGGGCAGAGCAGGUUGUAAACCAGUGGGAAACAAAUAGUUCACAAAUGCCAAAGCUGAAGAAAAUGGAUGAAUCCAGAACAUCAGCACUCCGCUUUUUUGGCAGGCAGAAGUUCGUCAGAGAAGUACUGAAUGCAGCACCGUCGGCACGUAGCGGCGAGAAGGAGGCAGAGAGAGAGAGACUACAUUUCUUCAGACCUGCAGAGAACGACCCCCUGCCAGAGAACCCGAGUCCUUCCACAGCAAACCAUCAAGGCAAGCCGUCCUGGCACAAUAUCAAAAAAAGGCAGCGCCUGUCAGAAAAAUGCACCAGUUCGCAUCGAAGUCCUCCAACAAAACGUUUGUCAUCGUCAGCGCUUUCCGCGGAGGACAAUGACUUGUUGAACAGCUAUUGAGGUGUGUGUGUGUGUGUGUGACACCGUGCAGGACGCCCCGCAGAGCUGGGGUCCGUCGGCCAACACUCAAGGCCGGUGAACCGAAAGACCUGUUCUUAGUUUGAUGGUGUAAAGUUUUAUAAAUAAAGUUUAGUAUUUAUAAGUCUUAUAUUAUAUUUAGUUGUGAAGUCGCUCAAUGCCAAGGGAAAUACCUUGAAAGUGCCUCGGCUUCCCGUCUCAGAGGGACCUGAAACCGCUUAAGUGUUCAUGGACAGUAUUCACAAUGGGGAGUAAAAAAAAAAGGCCAGCUGAUGCAAAUAACCUUACUUAAGGUACUGCGCCACAACCUCUUAAAUUGCGUCAGUUACUUGUAUCCCACAGCUACGUUGGUUUGCAGAUCAGAAAGUCACACCCAUGUCAACAACUUCACUCAUUGUUCUCAGGAUUGAUCGGGAUUAAAUACCAACAGUGACGCAGGAAACGCUGCAGUCAGUUAAAUGUGGG